ACGUCGGACGUCGUAACGCAUAUAGAGGCUUGUGUUGAAAAGAGUCGGCACAGAACCCAUUGUGGUGUGUUGAAGAGAGAUGAGCAGCUGUCUUGAGAGAAGGAGAAAAGACGGAACUGUGUGACCACAAAGAGGACUAUUUAUAAGCGAAUAGAAACGGGCGUUCAUACACAACACGUCCGCUUCCGUUCCUCAUGAAGAGGGACCGUUCCGUCCCCUCGGAAAAAGCUCCGGAAAAUGAAGAGUUAAGAGCCCCCACAAAGCCAACUGUUUAUUUCUGCGGCUAGCAGGCUAGCUCUUCGGCUAGAUGUGUGUAACCGAGCUGGACACUGGAAGUCCCUGAGGAGACGUCGAGCUCUGGAGAAACAGCUUUUCUGUAAAGAGAUAAAGGUUGGCUGAGAUUUUUUUUUUUUUUUUUUUCUAAAUGCACCGUUCGCUCGGAUCGAAAGUAGACGCAACUUUGAAGAAUGAUGCCCGCUGAGCUCUGACCAUUUCACUACUACUUCACAGUCAGGGGGAGUGGAGAAGUCUGACAGAACUGCUUGCUCGAGCGGGCUUCCAAACUCCAGGAAGAGAGAACAUGACACACUCGCCACCGCCAGAGACCGGCAGUGGGCACCUGUGCCAACCGUGCCCCCGUCUGCAGCUUUAGAAGUUUCCACUUUGCACCAUGACAGACAAUCAUUAAAGUUUAUUCCCUGACGUUUGACUCAAUACCCUUCCUGUUCCCCGUCCCUUAAUACCCCACCAUCCCCGUCCAUUCCCAACAUGCUGCGUUUCCUGCCUCUCAAACUGGGCCGACUGUACCGCUGUCUGAAGCUGCUGUUAGUGCUGGGGUUGUCCGUCAUCUUGUUGAUGAACACCCACAAUCUGUUCGCCUCUUUCCAGAAGAAUGAGCUAACUGACAGACGAUUCAUUAACCUCAACAAGUGUCCCGCCUGCUUUGGCACCAGUUGGUGCCGCAAGUUCAUGAAUGGUCAGGUUUCGUUUGAGUCCUGGGGUCGCCUGAGGUUUCUAGACGUUUUCAAUGUCAAGAACGUUUUCUUCGCGCAGUAUGGAGAGCCCAGGGAGGGCACACGACGCGUGGUGCUCAAGCGGCUCGGAUCCAACCAGGAGCUGGCCGAAAUAGACCAGAAAAUCUGCAAGAGGGCCACAGGCAGGCCGCGCUGUGACCUCAUCCAGGCCAUGUACAAGACUGAGUUUGCCCGGAUCAAUGGGGACGUUCGUUUGCUCACUCCAGGCGUGGUAGAGGGCUGGUCGGAUCUGGUACACUGCCCCUCACAGAGGUUGCUGGACCGUGUGGUCCGAAGAUAUGCUGAAACGAAGGACUCAGGCAGCUUCCUCCUAAAGAACUUGAAGGACACAGAGAGAAUGCAGCUGUUGAUGACUUUGGCAUUCAACCCAGAACCUCUUGUACUGCAGAGCUUUCCAUCAGAUGAAGGGUGGCCGUUCGCCAAGUACCUGGGAGCGUGUGGGCGCAUGGUAGCUGUCAACUACGUGGGCGAGGAGCUGUGGAGCUUCUACAAUGCGCCGUGGGAGAAGAGGGUUGACCUGGCACGCCAGCUGAUGGACAUUGCCGAGCAGCUCACCAACAAUGACUUUGACUUUGCCCUGUACCUGCUAGAUGUCAGCUUUGAUAACUUUGCAGUUGGCCCUCGGGACGGAAAAGUCAUCAUCGUUGACGCUGAAAACGUCCUGGUGGCAGACAAAAGACAGAUAAAGCAAGACAAGCCGGAGAAUUACGACGUGUGGUACGAGAGCCGCUUCGAGGAGUGCGACAGGGAGGCCUGCCUUUCUUUCUCCAAGGAGGCCCUGUGUUCCCGGGUCACUGUGGACCACAACUACUAUGCCGUGUGCCAGAACUUGCUGUCGCAGUACGCCACGUGGCGGGGAACCACCGGAGGCCUCCUUCACAACCCGCCUGCUCACAUAGCCAAAGACGGACAACUUGAGGCUUUGUUGGACGAGUGCACCAAACCUAAAAAGCACUACGGCCGCUUUCAGGCGGCCAAGGAACUGCGUGAAUACCUCACACGGCUAUCUGCCGCGUCCUCCUCUGCCAUGGCAAGGUAAUGCAUGGGGUCGGCGUUGGCCUGACGCUUUGGGACAUGAUUUUUGUACUCUGUGUCUCUGGACUCUUGAGCUAUCGGUUCUUGUUCAUGAUGUCAUUCGCUCCCUUGGAGCAGGAAGGAAGAGUCCAAAUCAAACUUUGCUAAAGGCCUAGCUUUUACCUUGACUUUUCCCCUUUGUAUGGGAGGAGUGUGGCACUGCAAGAAAUCUUGACUGAGGCAGGAGAGCAAGGUUACAAAGUUAACCUCCCGGCUCUCGGUGUGGGCUACCACCUCCGGAGCAGAGAUAAGAAAGGGCUUUGGUAAGCGCAUCCCGCAUCGGAGCCAGGCUAACACAAACCAACAGUAUCCAAGCAACAGCAGCAGUAACAUCACACAUCCUAGAUGAUGAUUAUUAUUAUUUUCCUUCUUAUGCCUCAGUUUAUUCUUUUACACCAUUAUAAACCUUAAGAUCUACUUCAGUCAUAGUUUUCCUGUUUGGAAGGAUUGAUUCUGUUUUGCAGGGCUGAAUUGAAGUCACUUGAGACAUGUUGUUUUUUUGCUGUGUUGUGGCUCUUUAUGUUCUGUAGCAUUGCUGCCUGGAAGGUGGAAGUAGCAUGAAUCACCUGCUGCAGGAUGGCAGGAAAGGCCAAGGGAGAGGAGGCGAAAAAGCGGGUUGGAAGUUUUGAAUUUCAGUCGAAUUAAAAAAUAUAUAUAUAUAAAAAAUAAAUAAAUAAAAAAAUCACAGAUACUAAUGUUCAUGUACAGGUACAUCUCAAUGAUUGUCAGAAAUCAUUAAAAAGUUCAUUUUUUUUAGGAUAACAGUUCAAAAGGUAAGAUGCCUAUAUAUAUAUUUAUAACUUAAAUUUGAUGAGUUACAGCUUACAGCUGAUAAAAACCCAGAAUUUGUAUUUCAGAAUACUACAUAAGACUAAUAGAAAAAAUAUUAAUACAGAAAUGUCAGUCUGCUGAAAGAUAUCUCAAUAUAUGACACAUAUAUGCAUUGAAUACUUUGAAUUGUUGCAUCAAUUCAGCACAGCAUGGAGACGACCAAGUGAACGAAGCUCAGGCUGCCUCAUUAAUUGCCUUCUGCUCAUCUGCAUCGUUGGGUCUGGUGUCUCCCAUUGUCCCUUUCACAAUACUCUGUAGAUUCUUUGUAGGGAUCAAGUCAGACCAGUUUUCUGGCCAGUCAAGCUCAGUGAUGCUAUGGUAGGCAUUGGUAGUUUUGGCAGGGUGGGCGGGUGCCAAGUCCUGCUGGAAAAUGAAAUGAAAUUAGCAUCUCCUCCAUAGUGCUUCUCACCAGUGGGUAGCAAAAAGUGUCCUAAAAGACGAACGCCAGCAGAUUACUUGGCUGCCAAAAUCAUCAAUGACACUGGAAAAUGUAAGAUUGGCCCUCCAGCAACUGGAAUUCUGCAUCUCUCCACUUUUCCAAAUGAAAUACAAAAUUUUCUUUUAGAAACUGGGACCACAGAGCAACAAUCCAGACUUGUUUUCUUUUUUUUUUUUCCUCCUUAGGAGUGGCUUAACACAAACAUCAAUUAUAGCCCAUGUCCUGAAUACGUAUGAGUAUCGGUUCUUGAAAAACGAACUCCAGCUGUAGUGUAUGUCCAUGAAUUUCUCCCAAAAUCUUCAAUAAACUUUGCUCCACAAUCCUUCUUUUUCUGACCCUUUUUCCAUCCACUAAACUUUCCAUUAAUGUGCUUGGUUACAGUGCUCAGCAUCUUUAGCAAUGACUAUUUGAGGCUUACCCUACGCAUGAUUCGGCCUGAAUGUUUCUGUAUUUAAAUAAAACAAAACAAAACCUCUGUUUAUCGGGGCUGUGGGAGAUUAGGAAACCAUGCAACAUUUGAUCAUUUUGGGUGAUGCUUCAAUAACGAUAUGACUUGGAUUAAAUAAAUAAAUAAGUAAAAGGUGUUUAUGUCUUUCUGCUUUGGGUCCAUAGCAAACAUAGACACCAGAUUAUAAGUCAGUGAAACAACUUGAUUGAGUCGCUUAAUGUGUUUGGUUACCUCCUCUUUACCUUCUACAACCUUCAUAUGUUGCAUCAAAAAACAAGUGUCACCAAAUUAUUACUAUCAUAGAGAGCCUGAAUGCAUGUUAUUUCAAAAAAUGUGCUUAUUGCAGUCCAGGCUGUUGGUUUGCAAUAUGCAUGUUGGGUACUACAAUACUGAGAAAAACCAUUUGUUAUUUAUUGUGCAGCCCCAUUUUAGGUGGUUUUCAACUUUUCUGAAAAAAACAUAAAAAACUAAUUCUGCUCUUCAUUAGCUAUUAAGCCGUAAUUAUCCAUAUGAUCUAAAACAAAUGCUUGAAAUAUGUAACGCUGCGUGUGGUAAUUCCUUAUAUCGCACAAGUUUUUGAAUUGAAUUACUGAAAGAAAUGAACUUUUUGAUGAUAUUCUAACCCAUUGAGAUGCACCUUUUCUAUUUUCCAGUCAUUCAGUUUUCAGGUUUCAGGAUUGUGGCAAUCAUUUUGUUUUUCUGUGUGGAUUAUUAUUAUUAUUAUUAUUUUCUUUUUAUUAGGAAUCAGAGAUGCUGAGACAGCUGCUCAUAGGAAAAGGAAGGUGAUAAUUGGACUGUGGCAGUCCCUUAAUGCAGAUGUGCCGAUACCAAAGAGGCGGUUUGUAAUAAGAGACCACACCUUUUCUUAUGGUUGGUCCACACUCUGAAGAAGGGACUGAAUACUGAUUUGUUCCCCUAAACAAUGAUCAGCCAUAGCUGUUCUGAACAAUCCCUUUUUACAUUGUUGGCCUCCAGCAGAAUUGAUAAAUGAUCUGUUAGACACUUUUUCCUCCAUCAGUGUCAUAAAACCACUUAAUUUAAAAGAAAAUUGAGUGAUUCUAAAAGAACUAGAACACAUGAUUAAUUCCCAUUCUAUUUUCCCUUCUUCAUCUUGAUUUGAUGAAUGAAUCCUAUUGUCAGACUUCUCCAAGUGCCGCUUAAUGCAAUAACCUCUGUCGGGUCAAUGGUGUUAAAAAAAAAAAAGGGAAUGAAGAUAUCUUUUAAAAUUGCUUUCUUGUUCCAGAAAUGGCUUCCAGACCUGCAGUUUUUAAAAUUUUGCAGCUCAGAAAUCUCCCCGUUAAAUAUUUAAACACUCCGCACCACUUAGAGCUUGGGGAUGAUUUUACACUCAGUGGACCAACAAAUUAAAAGCAUAAUCACAAAUACAGGCUCAUUUUGCUUUUGGUUCAUGGGACACGUUCCUUAAAAUAAUUUGGUUUAAAAAGGAGAACAGAAGUCUGCCUCGAAAGCCCAUUUGUUGUUUUUGGUUUUUUUUUCUGACUUUUUGAUGUCAUGAGUAGGAUGCUAAAUACCCAGUGGAGGUUUAUUUAAUGCAGACCAUGGGAAAGCUCACAUGUUAGACUGAUAUGACUCUCGCCAGCUAGGAAAAGCAAUAAAGACAAGCUUGGCUUCUGGAGUUUUUUUUUUCUUCUCCCUUUUGUUUCAACUCCCAUCAUUUGUUGUGACAGCUAUGUUUCUGUUUCCCCAUGUGUCGGAUAUAAGGAGGACAUUGAAUCUAGAGGGAUUUGUUCAUGCGUAACUUACUGUCCACUUUUGUACUGUAAUUUUAUUUUGAGUAUUAUAUCAGCGUUGUCUGAUUUUUCCUGUGCCUUUCAUUCAAAAGUUGUAUUUACAACUUUUAGUGGAUUUAAAUAUUAAAAUAAAUGAAGAUAUAUAUAUAUAUAUAUAUAUAUAUAUAUAGAUAUAAAUAUA